CUCAAAUUAGCAGCAGAGAUGAUGAUACCAAGACUCCUGCAAAUGCUUCAUGAAACAUUUUCAAUCCCUUUGCAACCUUCUCCUCUCAUGUACUUACUACUUGUGGCCAUUUCCUUCAUUCUCUUACGCAGAUGGUCCUCUAAUACAAACUCAUCUGUACCCCCUUCCCCACCAAAGCUACCCAUCAUCGGAAACCUUCACCAAAUAAGUUCGCUCCCUCAUCAAUCAUUUCAUACCUUAUCCAAACGAUAUGGGCCUGUCAUGCUGCUCCAUUUCGGAAGCAGACCAGUCCUUGUGAUCUCGUCGGCUGAGGCUGCGUCCCAGAUCUUCAAAACCCAUGACCUCAUAUUCUCCGACAGACCAAAGUUCAUCUUCUUUGAGAGGAUUACCUACAACUACAAGGACAUGGUAGCGGCACCUUAUGGUGAGUAUUGGAGGCAGAUCAGAAGUGUAUCUGUCUUAAAUCUUUUGAGCAACAAAAUGGUUCGUUCUUAUCGUGCUGUGAGAGAAGAGGAAACAAAACGGAUGAUAAGCAACAUAAUAGAGUCUUGUAGUACCAAAUCAUCGUCAUCCUCAACGGUUUUGAACUUAAGCGACAUGUUUAACAAGCUUAGUAACGAUAUCAUAUGCCGAGUUGCCAUGGGGAGGAGGUACAGCGAACUCGGGGAAGAUGGAGGGAAGCUGUUCAUGAAGCUUGCUGGAGAUUUGACAGAGUUCUUCACACGGGUUAACAUUGGUGACUAUAUUCCAUGGCUUUCUUGGGUCACUCGCCUCACUGGGUUUGACGCUGAAUUAGACGACCUGGCUAAACGAUCAGAUACGUUUUUCGAUAAGGUUGUUCAAGAGCAUAUUGAUAAACCGAAUACUGGAGAUGGAAUCAAAGAUUUUGUGGACGUUUUGCUUUCGCGAGUUGGCAUAAAGGGUACCGUCCUGGAUAUGUUUGCCGGUGGCAAUGACACCACAUUUACAACCUUAGAGUGGGUGAUGUCCGAGCUACUGAGGAAUCCAAGGGUGAUGGAAAAAUUGCAGAAUGAAGUGAGGGGAAUAGUGGGAAACAAAGAGGAUAUAGCAGAGGAUGAUUUGGUCGGAAUGCACUACAUGAAGGCUGUGAUCAAAGAGACUUUUCGUUUACAUCCUCCAUUUCCAGCACUUAUCCCAAGGUUGGCAAGACAAGAUGUGAAAAUCAACGGUUACAACAUCAAGGCUAACACACAAGUAAUGGUGAAUGCAUGGGGGAUCGGAAGAGACCCAAAGUCAUAUGCAAAUGCCGAGCUGUUUGAGCCAGAAAGGUUUUUAAACAGUGCCAUAGAUUAUAAAGGGAAUGACUUCCAAUUAACUCCAUUUGGUUCUGGUAGACGAGGAUGCCCAGGAAUGAAUUUCGGGAUAGCAGUGAUAGAGACUGCUCUAGCAAAUAUUGUUCAGAAGUUUGACUGGAAAUUACCUGAUGGGGCAAAACCGGAGGAUUUAGACAUGAGCGAAUCCACUGGCGUAACCGCCCAUAGAAAAUAUCCUCUCGAAGUGGUUGCCAAACCAUAUAUUUCCUAA